GACAGGAUUUACAUUGCGACUAUCAAAUGAGGAUGUUACUGUUCUAGACUAUAUUCGUCAUGUGUUUUGCCUUUAAUUAUUACUUGAGACGACAGGAGCAUGUGGGUGAAGGUGUUACUAGCCUGGCUGCUCGCUGCUCUCGCCCUGGUAGCAGCCUCCAGCGACUGGUCACAAAGCAGCUCUUCCCACCUCUACUCUCCCCUUCUACAGGAUGAUGACUGGCGUGGAAAGAGGACUGGACCUUCCUUGUCUGUAGCUAAUCCAAUAGAAGUGCUAAGAAACAGACUUCUUCUUGAAAUAGCACGCAGGAGGUUACAGAAACAAGGUGGCCAAGCAGAACAGAACAGAGAAUUCCUCAAGAAUAUUGGAAAACGCCACACGAUGCCGUAUAGGUCCUUUGACAGGAGAUUCUUGGACAGUUCGGACUAUCGGCUAAGCAGUGGUGAAUGGGAAACUCCAUAAACACCUAGCCUUUCAUUACUGAGCAGUAUUAUUAUUUCAAACCAACAGAAUAAAUUCCCUGAACCUUUUAUUAUAUAAGACUUAAUGUUAUGCUUUAUUUUAUGACAUGAAGUAAUGGUUUUGAAAUUUAAAGUGUCAUUUAAGUUUGUCUAGAAAUCCAUUUUUUUAUUAUUAUUAUUAUUAUUAUUUUUCCUUCAAGAAUUGAAUAAAACAUCUUAAAAAUUAUGUGAUCUUUCUUCUAUAAUGAUAACCCUUGUACUAGAAUGCUUGAACUUGAUGUAAUUUAUGAAAUAUUAAUCAGUAUGCUUGGUGACCCCUGACAACCCAAAAUUAAUUAUAAUUUAUUUGUAAAUACUUGAUAAUUAGUGAUGUUAUAUAUUUUUGUUAUAAAAACAUUAAUGAAAUAUAUUUUAAAUUAUUAAUGCAAGGACGACCUAUUUAUUAAUCUAAUUAUUAAACUAUGUAAUUUCAAGCAAACAUUAGAAAUAUCUAAUACUAUAAAGUAUAGAAAUGUAAAACUUAUGAUAUAGCCAUCAUAUAAUUUAUAAGUUAUUUCUUCAGUAUUAUGUAUUGUUUUCGAAUUAAACGAAUUGUAAAAAUU